CAUUGAGGACACCAUCACCUCAGCGCGUCCUGGAAUAGUUUUGCUUUUUGCCCAGACGCACCAAGUUGCAGCUGCAGAGGCGCACUUUUCUCCGUGGCUCCUCUCUCCUCUUGCGCUCACAAUCCGACAUGGAAGAUGGUCCGUCUUCAACAAGCUGUUUCAGAAGGUUAACGGACUGUUUCCUGGGUGCAAGCUUGACAGAUGAGAAAGUGAAGGCCUACCUCUCGCUGCACCCGCAGAUGCUGGACGACUUUGUGUUGGAGAGUGUGAGUGCAGAGACGUUGGACAGAUGGCUGAAGAGGAAGACCAGCAGCAGGCCUGCAGAUGACACAUCAGCUAAAGAAGUCAGCAGGCAGUACCAGGACACAAAUAUGCAGGGUGUGGUGUACGAACUCAACAGCUACAUGGAGCAGCGCCUGGACACUGGAGGAGACAACAAACUCCUGCUCUAUGAGUUGUGCAACAUCAUCAAAACAGCAACAAAAGCUGAUGGAUUUGCACUUUACUUCUUGGGAGAAUGCAACAAUAGUUUAUGUUUGUUCACUCCAACGGGGGCCAAGGAUGGCCCUCCAAGCCUCAUCCCCUCAGGCCCCAUUGCAUUUGGGACAACCAUUGCCGCUCAUGUUGCCAAGACUCGCAAAACACUGCUAGUAGAGGACAUCAUGGGGGACGAGCGCUUCCCCGACGGCACAGGGCAGGACUCAGGGAUCCAUGUUCACUCUGUCCUGUGCCUCCCCAUCCUCACUGCCAUCGGGGACCUCAUUGCCAUCCUGGAGCUGCAUCGGCACUGGGGCAAGGAGCCCUUCAACCUCAGCCACCAGGAGGUUGCAACAGCUAAUUUAGCCUGGGCGUCAGUUGCCAUUCAUCAAGUACAGGUGUGCAGAGGCCUCGCCAAACAGACUGAGCUCAAUGACUUCCUACUAGAUGUGUCAAAAACAUACUUUGAUAACAUUGUGGCAAUAGAUUCUCUACUUGAACAUAUUAUGAUAUAUGCAAAAAACCUGGUGAAUGCGGACAGGUGCGCACUCUUCCAGGUAGAUCACAACAACAAAGAACUGUACUCUGACCUGUUUGAUAUCGGGGAGGAGAAAGAAGGCAAACCUGUCUUUAGGAAAACCAAAGAAAUUAGGUUUUCUAUAGACAAGGGAAUAGCUGGCCAAGUGGCUCGGACAGGGGAGGUCUUAAAUAUCCCAGAUGCCUAUGCAGACCCACGGUUCAACCGUGAGGUGGACCUGAAAACCGGCUACACCACGCGGAACAUCCUGUGCAUGCCCAUCGUGAGCAGGGGGACCGUUAUAGGUGUGGUGCAGAUGGUGAACAAGCUAAGCGGAAGUGCCUUCACUAAAACAGAUGAGAACAACUUUAAGAUGUUUGCUGUCUUUUGUGCUCUGGCCUUACACUGUGCAAAUAUGUACCACAGGAUCCGGCACUCUGAAUGCAUUUACAGAGUGACGAUGGAAAAACUGUCUUAUCACAGCAUCUGCACAUCAGAGGAAUGGAAGACCCUGACCCAGCUCAACCUCCCCACACCCAUUUAUAAAGAGAUCGAAAUGUUCCACUUUGACAUCAGUCCCUUUGAGGAGAUCUGGCCCGCUGUCUUUAUCUACAUGGUUCAUAACUCCUGUGGAAAGACCAGCUUUGAGCUGGAGAAGCUCUGCCGGUUCACCAUGUCUGUACGGAAGAACUACCGACGUGUGCCCUACCACAACUGGAAGCAUGCAGUGACGGUGGCACACUGUAUGUACGCCAUCCUACAGAAAACAUCUGGGAUCUUCACAGAGCUAGAGAAGAAAGGUCUGUUGAUAGCCUGUCUGUGCCAUGAUCUGGACCAUCGGGGGUACAGCAACGCCUACCUGCAGAAGUUUGACCAUCCGCUGGCUGCUCUGUACUCCACCUCCACCAUGGAGCAGCACCACUUCUCUCAGACUGUCUCCAUCCUACAGCUGGAAGGGCACAAUAUUUUCUCCAACCUGAAUUCCAUCGAGUACGAGCAGGUGCUGGAGAUCAUCCGGAAGGCGAUCAUCGCCACAGACCUCGCCCUGUACUUCAACAACCACCAGCAGCUGUCGGAGCUGCUGACCUGCGGCGGGCUGGACUUUAACAACCACUCACACAGGGACCGUGUGAUUGGUCUGAUGAUGACAGCAUGUGACCUGUGCUCUGUUACUAAGCAAUGGCAAAUCACACGACUCACAGCCAACGACAUCUAUGCUGAGUUCUGGGCUGAGGGAGAUGAGAUGAAGAAGAUUGGGAUACAGCCGAUCCCUAUGAUGGACAGAGACAAGAAGGCCGAAGUUCCCCAGGGCCAAGUGGGAUUCUACAAUGCUGUUGCAAUUCCGUGUUACACGACACUAUCUGAGCUCUUCCCUCCAUCCGGUCCUCUUCUAAAAGCCUGCAAGGAGAACCUGGGCCAGUGGGAGAAGAUAGCACGGGGAGAGGUGGAGGACGUAGUGCCCAGUCGACCUUGCGAUUCAGGCCCUGUCAAGGUGGACAACUGACUACCAAAGGGGUUGCUGGCCCACCAAAGGAGUACAACCUGAAUCCUGCCACGGACCUGGAACUUUGUAGGAGGAAGAGCCCACAUCCUGUGUUAGCAGGAGACAGAUCAGCUAAAGGCGACUUGACUUUGAAAACACACAGUUACCUCAUUGGGUGACGGAGGUGUCAACACUGGCGGUUUCACCGAUCCCAGAGACUGACAGACAGCUGAUGGGGCUGAGGGACUUCAACCCAUCACCCUGCGUCCACUCAGCUUGGGAAUUCAUUUGGUAGAUUGGACUUGUGCCGUUUUGGUUGUUUUAGUUUGGCUGUUUUAUGUUUUUUUUUUUUUUUUUUCUUUUUAUGGUCUUGUAUUUGCAGAGGCCUUACUCUGAACCUUUCACAGGCUAGGUUAUGUGAAAUCUUGUUGUCGGUUCAGGCUUUUUUGAAAAUGGUACUGUUUGCCUUCUGUGGUAGGUUUAUCGUACGCGCACUACUUCAGCAAGGUGUUCCCAGAGACAGAAGGAAUGUGUAGAGCAGAUGUAUGGUGUAAUGCCACCUUAUUGAGAAGGUGGGUGUCAGAAUGUUUUUUUAUUACUUUUUGAGCAAAAAUCCUUUGCAGUACUUGAAUAAAGAGAUACAGCCUAUUCUAUGUGGAAAUUGCAGAAAUCCUCCCCCCCCCCACACACACAGCAUAUUCUACUAAACGUGGAUGAACUGCGAUGAGAGGAGUUAGAUAAUGUUGACACUUGUGAACACAAGUCACAAGAGAGUCACAAUGUUUCUCCCUGAAGUGGACCCCCCACAGCACUGCCCCCCGGCUCCCCCUGGCAUUUAGGAACCUGCUGCAUAGUACAUCAACUUUUCCUCUGAUCAACAGGAUCUGACCCCAGGCCAGCAGUCAUAAUGUUUGUAGGACGGAGUUCACGAGACAAAAAAAA